AUGCCGUCGAUUCUGAACGAAGACGACAAGGACACCGUCAAGCGGUUCGUCCCCAAGCAGUCCAACAAGAUCCAGGCCGUCGCCGUCGCUAGACUCUACGUUGCCUACCCCAAUCGCUUGAAAUGGACAUAUACCGGCUUGCAAGGAGCCAUCGUGCUCGCCAACGACCUGGUCGGACACACCUACUGGAUCAAGAUGGUGGAUAUCUCGCCUUCCAAUCGCGGAGUCAUCUGGGAUCAGGAGAUCUUUGAUACGUGGUCCUACAACCAGGACCGGACCUUCUUCCAUACGUUCGAGCUUGAGGAAUGCCUCGCUGCGCUGAGCUUCAUCGACGAAAAGGAGGCCAAACAAUUCAAAAAGAAGAUGGACGAGCGAGAGAAGAACGCAACCCGGUCUACCCGAUCAACGCCCUUCGGCGGAGGUGCUCAACCGACCCAUAAGCAUGGCCUGCUGGGAGGGCUCUUUGGCCACCGACACUCGUCUGCGCCGUCACAGGCGCCCCAAGAGCCUCACCGAGUAAACUCCAACUCCAACUCCAUUCAACACCACGUCGUCAAUUCUUCCUUAAGCCUCAAUGGCGGCAAGCCCCCCUCGGAGUUCGCCAUGCUGGAUGCUUUUGACCCCAAGUGGCGCGAGAACUUCGGCCAAGACCUCCAGGACAAGGGUUUGACAGACGACUUUAUCAAGGAGAACCAGGAAUUCAUUGUCGAUUUCUUAAGGGACGAACAGCAGAAGGUGAACCAACCGCCUGCAUCGCCACCACCACCGCCUGCAGCCCCAACGAACGGUAGAGAUCAACGCACAGGGCGAGCUCCUCCUCCCCCGCCUCUGCCGCCGCCUGGAGGUCCCUCGCGAGGCCAUGCGGACGCUCCUCCUCCUCCCCCGGCCCCAAGAAGAGGCGGACCUCCCCCUCCACCAGCACCGCGACGCGGCGGGAAGGCCGAUACUCCCCCUGAGCAAGCGCCCACUCCCGCACCGCUCCCUCCUCGACCCAGGUUCAACGCUCCCCCUCCUCUGGCCGAUGCUGGCAAGUUCGCCCACGUAGAGCCCCCGAGGCCGGUAUCUGCGGCUCCCGUUGCCACACCCGGACCGCCGCCGCCGCCCCGACCGAGCAAGGUCCCGGUCGAAAACGACUCGGGCCACAAGCACGGUGUCCCUCCACCCUUCGCCGGCUCACGGCUCCCUCCCCCUACUCCUAGCCGUGGACCAGUCCCUCCUCCGCCCCCGCCGCGCUCAAACGACGCUCAUGUUGCACCCGCGGCUGUCCCUCCGCCACUUCCCCCGAAGGUGCCGGCCUCCGGAGCUCCACCCCUCCCGCCCCCGAGCUCCCGUCCGGUGCCACCUCCUCCGGCAGUCAGCCAACCUCCCAUGCUGCCGCCUCUACCCCCUACGUCUUCUCUUCCUCCACCUCCCCCACCACUGCCUCCGACUGGCGGCGCUCCUCCGCCUCCUCCUCUGCCGCCCACCUCAGGCGCUCCACCACUUCCUCCUCUGCCGCCCACCUCGGGCGCUCCACCGCCUCCUCCUCUGCCGCCAACCUCGGGCGCUCCGCCGCCUCCUCCACCUCCGCCGAUGCCUCCAACUUCAGGCGCUCCUCCGCCGCCUCCACCACCUCCUCCACCACCAACCUCCGGAGGCGGUCCCCCUGGUGCUCCUCCACCACCGCCCAUGCCCAACCGCGACUCUGGAUACUCCUCUGGUGUUCCUGCCAUGCCCGCCGCGGACGGUACACGAUCAGCGGUGCUUGGAGACAUCCAGAAGGCUGGCGGUAUUGCUUCACUCAAGAAGGUCGAUAGGACUAAGAUCCGAGACAGAAGCGGAGCUCAGGUGGGUGGAAGCGGCGAUGCUGCUGGCGGCGGCGGCGGCGGCGGCGCUGCUCCUGGUGGUGGUGGCGGCAUGGCUGAUGCCCUGGCUGCCGCCCUUCAGAAGCGCAAGGAGAAGGUCAGCAAGAGUGACGAUGAGGACAACAACGAUGACUGGUAA